AAAAUAUCGUGUUCAUACACAUAGUUAUUUCAUAUCUUGUAAUAGACAAAUAUAGAUUUGCCUAUAUAAAGCCCGAUGUUCAUUCAAUAGUCAGUCCAACUCCCUAGGAACUCCAAGCCAGUCGCCAUGCACUCCAUCCAGGUCCUCCUUUGUGUGUUCUGUGCCGCCGUGGGUUUUCAGGCAGCCCAAGCAGCACUGGGAGGAGGAGUCUGCACCAUUCCAGCAGCAGGAAGUCCAGGAGCCAGUACUGCGUGUACUUCUAUCAACAAUGGCUUCUGUCUCAUAGACCAUUUGACGAUCACAGGAGCCGUCACAGGCGUAACAUUCGAUGGCGUGUGUGUCUGCUAUGAUGGAUUCAGUGGAACUGUAUGCGGAACCGCUAACCCCACCACUUCUACCACCACCACAUCCAACAACAACGCCAUCACUGCCCUGGUACUCGGGGGUCUGGGCGCCUAUCUGCUGUCCCAGGGUGGACAAGGAGGAUAUGGAGCUGAAACAAGGGCACAGACCGCCCAGGAAGCUCUCUAUCUGCAACAAGCUGGAUUCGGAGUCGGCAAAUAAACGGGAAAGCAUACACUAAUUCGUCAUUUUCAUUUUCAUGUAGCCAUCAUCUUAAUAAACAAAAAUGAU